AUGCCGGCAGAGAAGCAACCACCGCUCGACAGACUCGGCGCCUUGCCGGACGACGUUCUGGUACACAUCCUCUCUUUCCUCCCGACCACCCGACUCUCUGUGUGCACCAGCGUCCUCUCAAGAAGAUGGCGGUCCCUGUGGGCCUACGUCCCCUUUUUAAGUUUCAGAAACGACGAUUGCUUCGACCGCCGCUUGGAGGACAUCGUCACCGAGGUUUUGUCGGCGCACAAAGGGCAAACGAUACACACUUUCCGACUAACAGAUGAUGAUAGCGUCGGCGAUUUUGAAAUCGAGGGCUGGAUUGCCACUCUCGUUUCCCGCAACGUCAGGAAUAUCUCUAUCUUUUUGUCCUAUUUUGAUGAUACCAUACGGUUUAUGAUGCACAAUUGCCUGUUAAUGUGUGAAACCCUAGUGGAAUUGCGUAUCGGUGCUUAUGUUGUGCUCCCGGCGGCCGGCGAUGUGUGCCUGCCGGCACUUAAGAGGCUUUAUCUUGAGGGGGCUGAAUCCUUGCCCCGCCUGAUAUCUGGCUGCCCAGUGCUUGAGGAGCUGAGCAUAGUUAAUUUUCAUACGCCCGAAAAUUUGGAGAUUUGUUCGCCAACGCUACUUAGGCUCGAGCUCAAUAUACAACCUGAUGACCAUGGAUUUGAUGGAAACAAGUACUUUUGGGUGAAGCUACUUACUCCGGCGCUUAGGUUUUUAAACAUGAUCGAGUAUGUUUUCGAUAAUAUCUCUACCGGGACACUUGGUUCAUUGGCGGUGGCAAAUGUUUCUCUCGGUUGUGAAUCUCGCUUUAAGUUAGAAUUUUUGGGCAAGCUGUGUAAUGUGGGGAGUCUAGAUUUAUGUCAUGGAGUGAUGGAGAUUUCCGACUCUACAUUCUCUGCUCUGACUGGGAAGUUUCAUAAUUUAACCAAACUCACAUUGAGUGCAGACUGGCAUUUUCUCUCGUUUUUUCUUGCGAACGCUGAUAAUCUUCAAGUCCUUACGAUCCGUGGAUGUGGUAAUAUCAAAGAAUGGAGGGAGCCCCACCAAGUUCCGACGUGUCUAUCAUCGCAUCUCAAAACUGUGGCGAUCGAGCCAUACGAGUGCACGGAGGAAUGGUUAUUCAUAAGUUAUGUUCUGAGAAAUGCUGAAGUCCUGAAGUUGAUGAAGGUUAUCAAGCUUCCUUACUAUCCAUGCAAAGAUUUGGUGUUUGAUGCGCUCAAGAGAAGAAUUUUACAGUUGCAGCCAGAAACCGUCGGUAAGCGCUUUUGCGUAGGACUCGACAGGUUUGGCCAGCGGAUUUCUGGAAUUGAAAAAGAUGAUGUUGUUGACUAUGGCGGGGCCUCAUCAUACAUAGCAGCCAGCCAGUUUUUCUUUGUACUCGGUGAUCGUUUAGCAUACGAUCAGCAGUUGGGAAAUCUGGGCAGUUUCUUUUAUUAUCUCUUGCGGGUCUGGGCCUCGGUUCAAAAUGUGGGAUUUAGCUGA